AUGGCGGGUCGGGGGACGCAGCGCUGCGUAGGGCCAGGUUUCGUCUACGACGUGUCCGCCUCGCUGGUGGGCAGAUUCUAUGACGAAAAUGGGGCACCGACAGAAGCCUUAAGGCAGGCUGAGGCUGCGAUUGAGGAAGCUCUGAAGUUCCAAGCAGAAAGCGAGCAGAGGAAGCAGCAGUUUCCACCCUGCAACUCUGAAUGGAGCUCUGCUAAGGGCAGCCGAUUCUGGUGCUCCAGACAGAGUGGGGGAGUGAACAGAGACUGGACUGGAGUCCCUCGGAAGCUGUACCGACCUGGUUCGAGGGGGAGUCACUGCGUGUGCGUCAGGACUACCGGUCCCCCAUGGGGCCAGCCGGACUCCGCUGAGCACAGCGACAGAGGCGAUCUGGAUAACCCUCACCUGGAGGAGUACGACGGCUGCCAUCCACUGGCUAAGCAGUGUGUCCUAAAGAGGAGUCCCCCAAGGCACUUUCAGGCAGAUGUGGCAGCUCUUACCGGUCAUCAGUUGUGGUUGUAUGUGUGGAUGAGUGGCGGCAGAGCCGUCACACAGCGUUCGAGUCCCCAGUCACGCUUUUAGAACCGAAACUCAGCCAUGGGCUUGUGUCAUCUCUGGGAUCGGAGUGGGCUACUCACUUCACACAACAAUCCUAACGAGAAAGCUGGGUAAAGUCUGCAGGAAAGAGCUGCAAAGCUGUGCUCUGUUGUCUCCACAACUUAGCGGGCAUUGUAAGUGUCAGCAUGUCAUUUGCUUUUGAACAUGUCGUCUUUGACAAGAACUUGCAUUUAGAGGUCAAACCAUCCCCAAAAAUGAUUGGGGAGUGUCUUUAAAAUAGCUCUAAAAGUUGCAGCAAAUUCCAGAUUAUUAAAUAUUGUAAAAAGGAUUUGCGAGGGCAAGUCAAUGUCACAAGUUGGAGUCCUAGCGAAGAUGCAUCAGCUAUGUAACUUCUAAGCAAGUUUCAUCUUGCUGUAAUGCUUAAGCACUAUGCAAAUAGCGCUGAGGGGAUGGUUUUGAUCUUAAGCGCUACACAAAAAUCAAAUAAGCUGCUGCAGGAAGGCAAGAUGGGAUGGUGUUGCUUUAAGUUAAAAGUUGGUCAAAAACUAAUUCACAGCUUAUUCCUCAGUUUAGUGUUUGGAAACACAAGGGGGGGGGGGGGAAGUUUGCCUUGCACUAGGAAUAAGUCAUCUAUUAAAGCAAACAAGGAGACUCCCUCACUGACCUGAAGCGCUCCAAGAUUACCUUGUUUCUACUCUAAUUCAAAAGCUCAGCUAGAUUCUCCCAUGGUAGAAAAGGGUGGGAAGAGCCACAGUUACACAGGGGACAAAUCGACAUAGACAGUGCUCUAAAAAAGCUCACCAUUCAUCUGUACUUUAGUAAGUUUUAUUAAUAAAAGACUGAUGCAUCACAAUGUCACCAAGAUGUUUCGGUUGGUUUGCUAUUGCACUGAAGCUUUCCUUUUUCCUGAAAUAAAGCUGCAGCAGUUAUAUGCUCUUCCAGGAGGCCAAGCUGCCCACCAGGAUACAACCGGAUGCACUAACAGUAUGUUACUUAGAUUUAAAUGGACGAGCUGAGUUGACUCAAUCUGAGCUGAUGGAUUCACUCCGUGAACCAGCUCUGGCCUGCGGGAAGUUAGGGUUGUUUCCUAAGAGUGAUUAUAGGUAAGUCUAGUUUAAGGCAUUCAAGAUGACUAUAUGGUAUAAAGUAGAACACCAGACCUUGUCAGCCAAAAGAACAGCUGUAGCAGUUCCACAACAUUAAAAUAAUACCUGGAAUAAUUUCAGAACAAAGAAUAAAGUUGUCAUGCCCAGUUGAGUGUUGUUAUAUCCCUAGUUUUCCUUGUGGCUUGUAAAGGAUAGCUUGCAGAAGGGCAGCUGUCUCUACAGGAGAAGAUACUUUCUUAACAAGGUUUCCACCUCACGAUGCAUUAUCUAGUUAUGCAUUUUAUUACAAGUAGAAUCAUUACACAACAAAGUAAUGCAUAUUGGAAAAAUACAUUUUUACAAUGACUCCAGACAAACAUUGCAGAUAAAAUGCCAUUGUUCUAAGACUUCCUUUUCUAUUUCACAGAGGGUAUUAGAAGGUUCAGAGUUAUUUUUGUCACUCAUACAAGCUUUGAUUUUUCUAGAGAUGAGUUUGCUGCAGUACCCAACUCUGCUGGUUACAGGAAAAAAGAGGAC